GCGUUGCAGGCCGACAGAGACCAGCCUGCCCCGGCCGCACUGGGGUUACAUCCGCGGUGGGAGCCGCGCCUCAGGCUCCGCCGCCAGCCGGGGCUCGGGCUGGGGCCCGGGCCCCCGGGGAUGGCCCUCCGGCCCACACAGGGCGACGGCUCCGCGGGCCGCUGGAACCGCGGCUCGGGGAAGGCAGACUUUAAUGCCAAAAGGAAAAAGAAGGUGGCAGAGAUACACCAGGCUCUGAACAGUGAUCCCACUGAUGUGGCUGCCCUGCGGCGAAUGGCGAUCAGUGAGGGAGGUCUCCUGACGGAUGAGAUCAGGUGCCAAGUGUGGCCCAAGCUCCUCAAUGUCAACACCAGUGAGCCACCGCCUAUGUCACGGAAGGACCUUCGACAGUUGAGCAAGGAUUACCAGCAAGUGCUACUGGAUGUCAGGCGGUCUCUUCGGCGCUUCCCUCCUGGCAUGCCAGAUGAGCAGAGAGAAGGGCUUCAGGAAGAACUAAUCGACAUUAUUCUCCUCAUCUUGGAUCGCAACCCUCAGCUCCACUACUACCAGGGCUACCAUGACAUUGUGGUCACUUUUCUGCUGGUGGUGGGCGAGAGACUGGCAACAUCCUUGGUAGAAAAAUUGUCUACGCAUCACCUCAGGGAUUUCAUGGAUCCCACAAUGGACAACACCAAGCACAUCCUAAAUUAUCUGAUGCCCAUCAUUGACCAAGUGAAUCCAGAACUUCAUGACUUCAUGCAAAGUGCUGAGGUGGGGACCAUCUUUGCCCUCAGCUGGCUUAUCACAUGGUUUGGGCACGUCCUGUCGGACUUCAGGCACGUUGUGCGGUUAUACGACUUCUUCCUGGCCUGCCAUCCACUCAUGCCCAUUUACUUUGCAGCUGUGAUUGUGCUGUAUCGGGAGCAGGAAGUCCUGGACUGUGACUGUGACAUGGCCUCUGUCCACCACCUAUUGUCCCAGAUCCCUCAGGACCUGCCCUAUGAGACGCUCAUCAGCCGAGCAGGAGACCUCUUUGUUCAGUUUCCCCCUUCUGAACUUGCAAGGGAGGCAGCUGCACAGCAAGAGGCUGAAAGAACGGCAGCCUCUACUUUCAAAGACUUUGAGCUGGCAUCAGCCCAGCAGAGGCCAGACAUGGUGCUGCGGCAGCGGUUUCGGGGACUUCUGCGGCCUGAGGCUCGAACAAAAGAUGUCCUGACCAAACCGAGGACCAACCGCUUUGUGAAGCUGGCAGUGAUGGGUCUAACGGUGGCACUUGGGGCAGCGGCACUAGCAGUGGUGAAGAGUGCCCUGGAGUGGGCCCCUAAGUUCCAGCUGCAGCUGUUCCCCUAAACUGAGCCCAAGGAGCCACUUCCUUACCCAGUGCACCAAGCUCUCCCCAUUUCCAGAAAGGCACUAGAGGGUGGACUUGCUGGAAUUAAAGGGUUUCUGUCAGGGGUGUUCCAUUCUACCACCCUUGAGCUUGUCUUUAGGCUUUGUGGCUGAUGGUAACACUGCCUGACACUGGGCUUAGUGGCCCUGAGUGCUCUCUGCUCCUCAACUGUUGCAAGUGGCUCUGGUGCACCCGGCUACACAGUUCACUGCCUAGGAGAAAGUUGGGCCAAAGAUGGUCUGCUUACAGCACCACGUGCCCUGCAUAUCCUAGACAAAGCAGGCAGGAGCUGCCAUCCUUGGGAUAAAGCAAGUGGGGAGGACUGUAACCUGGGAGCCAGUUGGUCAGAGACAGGCAUGAGCUGGGAUCUAGUUAAAUGUUAUGAUCCCAGCCUAGAGAUCACUUGCAGAGGAAUGUUAACCCCCUGGAUAGUGUUGCCUGUGUCUCCCUAUUCUUUCUCUACAAGCCACAUGACAUUACCUAUAGACAUUUUUAAUACUAUUUUUAUGAUUGUAUAUUACACCAAACAUAGCGAGUAUUCUCACUUAAGAAAAAUAACUUGUAUAUGUAUGCAGGUGUCCACAGAGGCCAGAAGUGGACUUGAGAUUUAUGGAGCCUGGUGUGGGUGCUGGGCCUCUACUAAAGCUCAAGCAGGAAGCGCUCUCAACUGUUGAGCCGUCUCUCCAGCCUCCUCUCCCCGCUCCUUCAUGGGAGAAGCCAUCAGUGAUGAGCUUGUAUUGGCCUGACAGUUGUUUCCUUUUUUGGAGGAGAAUAGAACCCAGGGCCUUGUACAUGUGAAGCAAGUGUUCUACCACUGAGUAGUACCAAACUUUUUAGUAGUUUUUAUUUUUGAGACAGGGUCUACCUAAAUUACCCAGGCUGGCCUUGAACUUUUGAUCCUCCUGCCUUGGCUCCCAAUUAUCUGGGAUGACAGGAUUGCACCUGAGAUAUAUUCCCUGCUCAGUUUAGCCAAAGUUACUUUGUGAACAGCCCCAUGCCCCACAGUGCCACUUCCUUAUUUUCCACUAGUCACCCACCGUGGCCUGGCUGUCUUAUCUCAACUGCUGGUCUCAGACUGGGAAUAUCCUUGGAAACUUGCCAGCAUGCAGACAGGUUUUGGCAGGAAUCCCACACUACCAGCCCCACUUACCCCUGGGCUCCUCCAGGAGGGGUACAUGGGAUCCAUGGGAUCACUCGGUCUUCCUAGGACGGCUUUGUUAAAAACAAAGCCAGGUUUGUUUUGUAGAAACUCUGGCUUGAAAACAAAAGUGCCUUUUGCUGCUUAAUUUAAAGAGUGUGUAGCGGGAAGCAUCUGCAUGCUUCCAUUUCCUGACCUUUCCUGGGCACUCUUCUCCAGUCCUCCCAUAUCCAGAUCCAAUGUGUCCCUGUGUCCACUGCAACAGUGGGGCACUCUGCGUGCUGGGCAGCCACAAGCCAGAACACAUAGAAGGUGUCCAGGCUAAAUUACACAAAGCACUUUAACCAAAUCAAGCUGGAGUGGUUAAGUCAUUCUCCACACAGGAGCCCUGCCUGGAGUGAGUGAUUCAUAGGGAUUAGAGUUAAGGACAAAGGAGGAUUUUCCAGGAUCCAGAGUGAUAAGGUGACAAAUACUGUUAGUCUACCACAGGAGCUUGGCAUCUGUGCCUCUAGUAAGCAUACUUGAAGAGCUGUAGGAAGUGUGCUGGCUGAGGGGAGGGGCAUGGGCCCAGGGUCCAAGCCACAAUUCUGCAUCCAAACAAGCAGGUGGCACUGGCUUGUGCUGAGCUGAAGAGAGUGGUGUGUGCCCAUACCAGGACUCCCCUGUCACUGAGAAGAAAGCGUUGUCAAUUACCUUCAGGUAUUUACUUAUUCUGUAAAGAUAUGUGUACAUGUUUUGUACAGAGCCCUGGAUGAAAUAAACACCCUUAUGUGGUUCCUAA